AUGUCAUUAUACUCAAAGUUUUUAAAGGACUUCCUCACUAAGAAGGGAAAAUACAUCAAUAGUGAAACCAUUUUAGGAGGAGGCAAUUGUAGUGUGGUGAUUCAGAAGUUGCCUCCUAAGUUUAAAGAUCCAGGAAGUGUUACCAUCCCCUAUUCUAUUGGGGAUGUAUCUAUAGGUAAGGCUCUUAUUAAUUUAGGAGAAAGUAUCAAUCUAAUGUCGCUUUCCAUGUGCAAGAGAAUAGGGAACCUAAAAAUUGACCCCAUUAGGAUGACACUCCAGCUGGCAGACUGCUCCAUCACCAGACCAUUUGGAGUAGUAGAAGACAUUCUAGUCAAGGUCUGCCACUUUACCUUUCCAGUGGACUUCGUGAUCAUGGACAUAGAGGAAAAUGAAGAAAUUCUCCUAAUUCUGGGGAGACCAUUCAUGUUGAUCGCCAAAUGUGUGGUGGACAUGGGGAACAGAAACUUAGAGCUAAGCGUGGAUGAUCAAAAGGUCACCUUCAACCUGUUUGAAGCAAUCAAACAUCCUAGCACUAACAAGCCAUGCUUCAGGGUGGAGGCAGUUAAGCAAGAGCCUGACCAUGCCAUGCAACACCUGACUACUCGCUCGCCAUUGGAAAAGGCUCUAAUAAACGCAGUUGAUUGCCUGACCAAUGAGGAGGAAAAAGAUUUGGAGGCUUGUCUAGAAGACUUGGAGCAGCUCAAAGUGAUUCAUGUAGGGAAAGAUAUUGUUGAAGCCCUAAAGGAGGACAACCCUCCAGAAAAGACAAAAUUGGAGUUGAAGACCCUACCCACACACCUGAAGUAUGCCUUUCUAGAAGGGAACGACCUCAUGCCAGUUGUAAUCAGCAACAACCUCUCAGCAAAAGAAGAAGCACGGUUGAUGGAAGUUCUCAAGAAGCACAAGGAGGCUAUUGGGUGGCACAUCUCAGAUCUCAAAUGA